AUGGACCCGGAUUACUGCCGCUCCCAUGUGGUGUCGGAAAUGUCUGACAUGUUCAGAUUUGGUGUGGCAGCGUGCAAGGUGCAGGCGUACGAGUUCCGUGAGCUGAAGGAUGUGGCACUGGAGGCCCUGGAGGAUGCGGUGGUGGAGUUUGCUGACAUCGCUCUCAACUGCGCCAAGGUGACUGGCUCCCGCCAGCCCUCUAGGGAGGACGUCGCCUGCCGUCUGCAGGCACUCCUCUCCAACCAUUGCAGCGAAGGAGAGUGCAACAUUGAACCGAGCAUGCGCCUGUACAAAACCAUGGAGGAGAGCCUAGAGAGGCUCACUGGUGGUGGCAUGGAUGAUUUUGAAAGGAGUGAGAUUUCGAAGGAUGUGUGA